AUGCUUCAUGUGGUUCCCUCGGCUCCUGCAGUUGGGGAGACUGAUUACUCGGACCCGUUUGAUGCCAGACCGGACCCGCGGCCCAGACCCGGCUGGGAGCAGAACGCCGUCGAAGCCUGCAGCAGUUACAUGGAGCCGUUUGAGGCCCAGAGAUUCAUAAGCGAGCUCCAGCACAGCACAGAUCGGGGUAGAAACAGCCCGCAGCUCUACGACAGCCCUUACGAGGAGAGAGUUCGGCCCCAGGCGGCCCCAGCGGAGGACGAGAGAGAGAGCCGUCUGCCCCAGGACGACGAGAGGCCGGCGGAUGAGUACGACCAGCCCUGGGAGUGGAAGAAAGAGAACAUCUCCAAAGCCUUCGCUGGUGGCUGGUGUUUUAGAGCAGCUUCCUUUGGUUUUCUGCCAAAGUAA